UUUUUAAAAAUAAAUUCAAGGCUGGGUGUGGUGGCUCACGCCUAUAAUCCCGGCACUUUGGGAGGCCCGAGGUGGGCGGAUCAUGAGGUCAGGAGUUCGAGAGCAGCCUGGCCAACAAAGUGAAACCCCAUCUCUACUAAAGUUACAAAAAUUAGCUGGGCAUGGUUGUGUAUACCUGUAGUCCCAGCUACUUGGGAGGCUGAGGCGGGAGAAUCCCUUGAACCUAGGAGGCGGAGGUUGUGGUAAGCCAAGAUUACACCACUGCACUCCAGCCUAGGCAACAGGCUGAAGAAAUCAUGGCCAAAAACUUCCCAAAUCUGAUGAAAAGCAUUAAUCUACAGAAGCAACAAAUUCAACAAACCCCAAGUAAAAGAAGAAAGACAUUUACACCUAUAUAUUUUGUAACAUAGUCAAACUGUAGUCAAACUUUUUUUUUUCCUGGCUAGUUUUCUUUAAUUGACUGAUUGAUUGAGACAGGAUUUUGGCAGUGUUGUCCAGGCUGGUCUCGAACUCCUGAGCUUAAGGGAUCCUCCUGUCUGGGCUUCCCAAAGUGCUGGGAUUACAGGCAUGAGCCACCGCACCUGGCCUUGUUUUUUUCUCAAAAUCACAUGUAGUACAGGGGUCCUUUAGUUUCUGCGUUUCACUGGAGGUCAGAGAUUUUCCUUGAUUGUCUUUUCCUGUGGCCGACACCAAGGCUGGCUUCAGGAGUCCUGGGAGACACUCUUCUCUCAAGGAUUUGGUAGCUUUCACUCCACUGUCUGAGGCACUGACUAUUGCAUGUGAAGUUCAAGGUUGUCCUGAUUGUUAAGAUCUUUGGAAGUCGUCUAAGUUGGGUACUACCCAUAUGCACCCUGGCUAGCAAGAAGUUACCCACCACCUUUGAGCAUGCUCACAACAUGCGUGUGAUGAAGUUCAGCAUCAGCGCUGUUGUCAAGGUGGCUGUGGAGGCCAAGAACCCGGCCAACCUGCCCAAGCUGGUGGAGGGUCUGAAGAGGCUGGCCAAGUCCGACCCCAUGGUGCAGUGCAUCAUUGAACACAUCAUUUCGGGUGCCGGCGAGCUGCACCUGGAGAUCUGCCUCAAGGACCUAGAAGAGGACCAUGCCUGCAUCCCCAUCAAGAAAUCUGACCCCAUCAUCUCUUACCUUAAGAUGGUCAGUGAAGAGUCCAACGUGCCCUGCCUCUCCAAGUUCCCCAACAAGCACAACCGGCUGUACAUGAAGGCGUGGCCCUUCCUGGAUGACCUGGCCGAGGACAUCGACAAAGGUGAGGUGUCUGCUCGCCAGGAGCUCAAGCAGCGGUUCAAGUGGGAUGUGGCCGAGGCCUGCAAGAUCUGGUGCUUUGGGCCCGACGGCACCAGCCCCAACAUCCUCAAUGACAUCACCAAGGGCGUGCAGUACCUCAACGAGAUCAAGGACAGCGUGGUGGCCGGCUUCCAGUGGGCCACCAAGGAGGGAGCGCUUUGUGAGGAGAACACGCGGGGCUUGUGCUUCGACAUCCACGACUUGACUCUGCAUGCCGACGCCAUCCACCGCGGGGGUGGUCAGAUCAUCCCUAUGGCGCAGCGCUGCCUCUGCGCCAAUGUGCUGAACGCCCAGCCGCGCCUCAUGGAGCCCAUCUACUUGGUGGAGAUCCAGUGCCCAGAGCAAGUGGUUGGUGGCAUCUAUGGGGUGUUGAACAGGAAGCGGGGCCAUGUGUUCGAGGAGUCUCAGGUGGCCGGUACCUCCAUGUUUGUCGUCAAGGCAUACCUGCCCGUCAUUGAGUCCUUCGGCUUCACUGUCGACCUGAGGUCUAAUACCGGCGGUCAGGCCUUCCCCCAGUGCGUGUUCGACCACUGGCAAAUCCUGCCCGGAGACCCCUUCGACAACACCAGCCACCCCAGCCAGGUGGUGGCAGAGACCCGAAAGCGCAAGGGCCUGAAUGAAGGCAUCCCGGCCCUGGACAACUUCCUGGACAAAUUGUAGGUGGCACCUCCUGCAGUGUCUGUCGCCCCAGAGACUCACGGCGCCCACAGCACCACGUCCUUACUUUCUCAGACGACACCUGGAGACUGUCCCGACACAGCAACGCUCCCCUGAGAGGUUUCUGGGGCCCGCUGCGUGCCAUCGCUCAACCUUAACACUUGAUGCCAUUUCUUUCGAUAUUUAUUUCCAGAGUCCAGAGGCAGCAGACAUGCCCUCUUUGCAGGGACUUACUGGGCCUGUGGGGGAGGGGGAGGUGGGAUGGGACACCCAACACUUUCCAUUUCUUCAGAGGGAAAGUCAGAUGUCCAGACAAAUUUAACAAAUGCAUUAAGAGGUUUAUUUGGGUAAUUUGCCCGUUGUGGCUCUUGCCCAAGAAAGGGAAAAGGAACAAGCUGAUAGAUCAUUUCUAGCAGGCAGGAAGUCCUGCGCGGCAUCACCGUGAGCACCUCCAGCCUGUACUAGUACUACUGGAAUAAUAAAUUUGAUGUGGUGGUG